AUGGUGGCUCUAUCAGGAGCUCACACUAUAGGGCAAGCGAGGUGCGCAGUCUUCCGUGGACGUCUUUACAACGACACCCAUAUCAACGCUUCAUUUGCAGCAGCUGUGAGAGCAAAGUGCCCAGGAAAUCGAGGCUCAGGCGACAACAUUUUGUCUCAACUUGACGUCACAAGCCCAACCACGUUCGACAAUGCCUACUUCAAGAACGUGGUGAGCCAGAAGGGGCUGCUGCACUCAGACCAGCAGCUAUACAGUGGUGGGUUCACAAAGACCGCGGUGGAUGCGUAUGCCAAUAAUGCUGCCAGUUUUAUGGAAGACUUUACCGAAGCGAUGAACAAGAUGGGAAGCCUUAGCCCUCUGACAGGCUCCAGUGGUCAAAUUAGAACAAACUGUCGAAAGGUCAACUAG